CAGAAGAAGUGAGCUGAGGAAAGGAGUCGGGGUCUGGGCGAGCGACGUUCGGCUAGAUAUCACCGAGCUAGGUGGGAUAGCCAGGUAACAAUUUUAAGAUGCCAGGACGGUCCAGUACAAGUUCAGGUUCUACCUGUUACAUAUCCUUCAGUGGUUUAGAGUCAGCUCUCUCCUCUUUAAAAAACUUCCAAUACUGUAUCAGCUCUGGAAUGGACACAGUUUCUAGUGUUGCCUUGGACCUUGUGGAGACUCAAACUCAAGUGAGUAGUGAGUACAGUAUGGACAAGGCCAUGGUUGAGUUUUCUAAAAUGGAUCGAGAACUAAGCCAUUAUGUUAAGGCUAUCCAGUCUACAAUCAAUCAUGUGAAAGAAGAUCGUCCAGAAAAAGUACCAGAUUUAAAAUUACUGGUGGAGAAGAAAUUUUUGGCUUUACAGGAUAAGAACUCUGAUGCCAACUUUAAAGAGAAUGAAAAGUUCGUGCAGUUCAAGCAACAGCUGAGGGAGCUGAAGAAGCAAUUAGGUAUUCAUGCAGACAGAGAGAAUGAUGGGACAGAAGGAGUUGACAAAGAUAUGAUUGUGACCCAGAGGCAAACCAAUUUCAUCUGCCCCAUAACACAGCUGGAAAUGAAGAAGCCAGUGAAAAAUAAAAUGUGUGGCCAUACAUACGAAGAGGAAGCCAUUGUUCGAAUGAUUGAAUCCAAGCAUAAGAGGAAGAAGAAGGCCUGUUGCCCCAAAAUUGGCUAUAGCCAUACAGACAUGCGAAUGUCAGAUCUCAUUCCGGAUGAAGCCCUGAGAAGGGCAGUCGAGAGCCACAACAAGAAGAAAAAACGCCACUCUGAGUAG